AUGCCCUCAGAUCUCGAGAUUCUCUCUCCAGCAUGUGAAAACACGAACGAAAAGCCAAUUGACGCGUCUAAAUCAUCUGCUGAAACUUCAACGAAAAAACGCAAAUCGGAUGCAGCGGUAGCCGAUACACCUAAGGGCGAAAACGACCCAGCUCCUAAGCCCAAGAAGGCCAGGAAGAACGCGGCUGCCUCUUCGUCUCCAGAGGGGCAAGACCUCUUCUCCAUCUCGCUCCCUGGCGAUGAAGAUGGCACAGUCGAAAUCUACGACUCGUGCAAUGAAGUCCGACGUAAAAUCAACGCGCAUUUGAGGUCACCUAUCACCAAAGCUCAGUUCUUACGCGACAUCGUACGCGCUGCCUAUCCUGGAUCAUACGACUCGAUCAAGAUUCAGUCGAAGCAGCUCAGCGAUUUCUUGACGAAGAAAGGUCCUACUGCGGGUAGCACCAGCAGAGUCUUUUAUGCUGCCUAUGUUUACUUUGAGAAGAAGAGGCUGAGUGAGGGAAAGGGCAAGUCGAAGCAUCGGCUGGAAAUGGAGGCGCAAUGGGGUGGUCAAGGGGGGAUGCCGAGGGAGCGAGAACAAAGUUAUCUGUGUGGGCCCGGAAUGAUUAUAGUUCAGGACGAACUUGGAAAAAUUGGCACGGCAUAUGUUGGGAUGGGCUAUUGA